CCGGUCCGCCUACCGAGGCAGGAAGUGCGGGUGUCGCCGCUCUAAAACUGCAGCCCCGCUGCAGUUUCGCGUUCUUCGCCUCGUUCGUCUCGAGCAGGCAGUCCGGCUUCUGGUGCUGGUGUCCGGCCGCGGAUUAAACCACCACCAUGUCUAGCAAAAAGGCAAAGACCAAGACCAAGAAGCGCCCCCAGCGCGCAACCUCCAACGUGUUUGCCAUGUUUGACCAGUCACAGAUUCAGGAGUUCAAGGAGGCCUUCAACAUGAUCGAUCAGAACAGAGAUGGUUUCAUCGACAAGGAAGACUUACAUGAUAUGCUUGCUUCUCUAGGGAAGAAUCCAACCGACGCGUACCUCGAAGCCAUGAUGAAUGAGGCUCCAGGGCCCAUAAACUUCACCAUGUUCCUUACCAUGUUUGGGGAGAAGCUGAAUGGCACAGACCCAGAAGAUGUCAUCAGAAACGCUUUUGCUUGCUUUGAUGAAGAAGCAACUGGCACCAUUCAGGAGGAUUACCUUCGAGAGCUGCUGACCACGAUGGGAGAUCGGUUUACAGAUGAGGAAGUGGAUGAGCUGUAUAGAGAAGCACCUAUCGACAAAAAGGGGAAUUUCAAUUACAUUGAGUUCACGCGCAUCCUUAAACAUGGAGCGAAAGACAAAGAUGAUUGAAAAGAACUUGAGCUAAGACUUUCCAAUUACUUUGUCUUACUCUGUUUUAUUUCCCAGACACUUGCCCCCUCAUAGACCUGUUGCAUGCAACUUAGUUUCACAGCUUUGCCUCUUUCUCGGUGUAUUUAUUCUAGACCUUUCUGCCACUUAGCACUUGUAUAAUCAAACUGCAAAUGGGGAUGAGGUUGUAAAUUGUAUUGAGAAAAAGCAUUGCGAAUAAAAAUCAACAAAUGUGAAAGCCCAGGAAAAUAUAUCCGGUAUUUCUGGUUUUGCUGGAUUUUUACAUUUUUAUAUAAUAAAAAUGCUAUUUUGAAAUAAAGAUUAUGCUGACUCAGAUGUAAUAUAAUGGAAAGUUAAAUAACUGGUAGUUGGGGGUAGUCCUUUUUUUAGAUUUUCAAGUUCAUAUAAUUCAGAUUCCAUAGUAAAACUGAUUGUUCACAUGUAUGGGACAGUGUUCUUCAGUAUAAGUUAAAUAACAUCAUUAUACAGUAAAAACUGGUUGUACCUUAGUUUCUUUCAUGCUUCUGGUAAGUCAGAUGUUUAAAUUAUUGAAUGAUAAAUACAGAAUGUAUCUGAGAAAACACUGAAUGUUUUACUGAUUUGAAUCUAGGAACAUGAGGCAAAAUUCUGAAGCCAAGAAUAGUUAUUAUUGAACAUUUACAGUGUGUAAAGCAUUGCAUGUAGACGAUUUUCAUUGACUCUUCCCAGCACCCUUGUGGGAUAGAAUUUUAUUAGCCCUGUAUUUCAAGGGGAAGAACUGAGCACCAGGGAGUCAAGUGAUUGAUCUGAGUCUCUGUCAGAGCUGGGACUCCAGGCCAGGGCGCCCCACUCCAGAGUGUGGAUUCUGGGACCACUGUGCUGUCUCUGAAAAGCCCCAAAUGCCUAAAAGGUCAAGAUAUUUCCAUUACAUUCUAACAUAGUUUUGUAGUCAUUAUUGAAAUUUAAAAUAACUUGGGGACAUUGAUUGUUGGAACAGAAUUUCAGAAAAUUCUAUCCAGGUGAAAAAUAGAGGACCAAAGAUUAUAAGCAAUAUAAUCUUCCAACCGCCUUCAGUUGGAAGGUGGUUCACAUAGUGUAGAGUGUAGACUGGAUGGAAGGUCUGAAAACCAUACAGACAAGGCUGCUAUGAGCUCGCUUAACAUCCUCAAGGCCAAGCAAUAUGAGAAGUAGGAGAGAAAAACCUAAAAAAAGAAAAAAAUCCAUUUAAAAAAAAAGUUCCCCAACGUUGUUCAACACCUAUUCC